CUGAGUCAUUCCCCCUUGUUCAAAACAAUCCAACGAAACAACUCCCGGGCAACUUGGCCAACGUUAGCUCCCGUAACUCGUUGUUUAAAACUUUUUUAACAUUUAUCAACAAUGGCGGGUUCCGUGUCAAACGUGGAGGUCUGUCAUUUUGCGUACACGGGACAGUUUGAGAAACUAAAAGAGUGCAUCCUGUCGGAUAAAGCGCUUGCCUGCAAAAUAGACCAGGACGGACGGACCGCGCUGCACUGGGCUUGUUCCGCCGGACACGCCGACAUCGUGGAGCUUCUGCUCGACCUGGGAGUCGAUGUCAAUCUGCAGGACGAUGCGUUGUGGACCCCUCUUCACAUUGCAGCGUCCGCCGGCAGAGAAGGCAUCGUGCGAUCGCUGAUAUCCAAAGGAGCUAAGCUGAAUUCAGUCAAUCAAAACGGAUGCACCCCUCUGCACUACGCCGCCUCGAAAGACCGAUAUGAGAUCGCCCUGCUGCUGUUGGAAAAAGGAGCAGACCCCAACGUCACCGACAAGUUACAGUCCACGCCCCUCCACAGAGUGUCGACCAUGGGCAACGUCCGCCUCAUCCAGCUGCUUCUCAAACAGAGCGCCUCCACCAACAUCCAGGACUCGCAGGGCAACACGCCUCUCCACCUGGCGUGCGAUGAGGACCGCGUGGAGGCAGCCAAGGUGCUGGUGGAACACGCGGCCAGCAUCUACAUUGAGAACAAGGAGGAGAAGACUCCCCUCCAUCUCACCAAGGGCGGUCUGAACAACGUCCUCCGUCGGAUCGUGGAGGGAUGAUUCCUCUACCGAACCUAAUGGUCACGCUCCAGCUCGAGUCCCCGCCACCGCAAAUCACAUCGAGAGAGUUCUCAUCCCAGUCAGUCCUCCCCGAGCGGCCCGGGAGGAUACGUGUAACGUGUAGAAGAAGAUAUGGUGUCUAGUGGAACAGUUGGACUGCACUGGGUUGUCAUCAGCUCCUCAGAUGGGGCAGUGGCAUUGCCAUGACCGUAGGUGUCUCAUCAAAAACACUCUCUGGGCCACUAAGUGCGGUCUAUCCACUGCAGCCUCAUUUCUUAUGAUCGCUUUCUUUUUACGUUUGAAUUAUUGCAAAAAUGCCCUUAUGGUGUACAGCCUGUUUAAGUAUGUCUAAUGUGUAUUUCUCUGUUCUACAUGCUGGCAUUUGUUUCCAGCCGGAAGUCGUCCUCAACCUUAGCUCGUCUCCGGGGAGAGUUGAUCGCAGCAUCUAGCCGCCUCAAUGCUUAUACCUAAUGAAAUCAACAAAGAUGUAACAAAACGAUUGAAUUCUUACUUUUAAAUUACGAACUCAACCGAUUGAUGUCUAUUGUUCUCGGCUGGUUGAAGUCUUGAUUAAGAAUUGAAAGAAAAUAAACAACUGACGGAUAA